AUGAAAAAACUGUUCCAACGGAAGAACGAGAAAACCGAGUCCAAAGAAGGGGCUGGUGGAAGUUUUGUGGGGAAAGUUUUCCAGGUGGGACGGAUCAGUGUGGUAGUCGAAGAUGUUAUCGCCGAAGGGGGUUUUGCGCUGGUGUUCCUCGUGAAAGCGUCCGGAGGCGUCCGAUACGCUCUUAAACGGAUGUUUGUAAAUAACGACCAUGAUCUGCAGUGUUGUAAACGGGAAAUUCAAAUUGCCUCCAGUCUCUCGGGUCACAAAAACAUCAUCGGUUUUGUUGAUAGUAGCAUAAAUAGCGUUGGGAACGGAGUGUAUGAAAUCUUGAUGGUUAUGAACUAUUACAAAGGACACGUCCUGCAACAGAUGAACGAGAAGCUCUCUCAGGGACAAUGUUUCUCUCAGGAAAAGGUUUUGAAGAUUUUCUGCGACAUCUGCGAGGGCGUGUCACGCCUGCAUCAUUGUCAGACGCCGAUUAUCCACAGAGAUCUGAAAGUAGAGAACAUAUUGGUUUCGAAUGACAGCGAAACCUAUAUCCUGUGCGACUUUGGAUCAGCAACCGCCAAAAUGUUGAAUCCUCAGAAGCAUCCUAUCACUCAGAUCGAAGAGGAAAUCAACAAAUACACCACGCUGGCGUAUCGGGCCCCAGAAAUGAUUGACCUCUUCUCGAAGAAGACAAUUACUACGGCAGCGGACAUCUGGGCUCUUGGAUGUCUGCUGUACAAACUGUGUUUUUUCAACACGCCCUUCGGAGAGUCUCCCUUGGCGAUUCAAUCCGGGCAGUUUUCGAUACCAGCGAACUCCAAGUACUCUCAACCGCUGCAUCAACUCAUCCGUUACUGCCUCGAGACCGAUUGUGAUCUCCGACCCGAUAUCUACCAAGUGUCCUAUGUGGCUUUCACACUAGCUGGGAAGGAAUGUCCCGUCAGGAAUUUGAACAAAGCGGCUAAACCCGAUUUGGAAAAGUUGCCCCAGGUCUCCGAAGCAGCGGCUGCACCAAUCGACUCGUACCGGUUGAGGUAUAUUACUCCCGAACAUCGGUUGGCUAAUCGAAAUAAAAUUCAGGUCACAACCCCGCGGCUGGAGCGCGUCACGCCUCGCUCCGAGUCCGCCUCGGGGACUUCUGUGAACAUCAGACAGCGACCGAAAGGCAACUCGGCGGGAAGAGAGCGUACGCUGCCAACGAUCGGUAGCUUACCGGUUCUCGCCCCGUCUGGCCAAUCAGAAACCCCCAUUCAGUGUUCUUCGUCAUCCGUGAACAUUCCUGUGGGUGUGAGCCCCAUUCCUCCCGUCACGCCGCUUUCGAAACCGACGAAUCAGCCGAACUCUGAAACCGAUGCUCCCGUCAAACUCGCUGGUUGGAAUCCGUUCGCCGAAGACACUUUCGUUCCGCCAGCUAGCCAAUACCCUCAAGGCCAGAGCCCGAGUUCGAAUCCUGGGGAGCAGCACACGGCCGAAGACGCUUUCGGUCAGGCCUUCGAUGCGAUACGAUCAAGUGGAGUCGGGGGCAGUGUUUCGUCGUCAACAGGAUCGUGGACCGGUGGCCCCGGAGACGAGGGCAAAACUACGCAAGCGGUCGACCCGUUCGGAGCCGCACCUUUCAACAAAGCCAUCGCGGCAACAGUGAAGAAAAGACAAAAGGAGCGGGCUGCCAGCGAGGAGGGCUACGGGCGAUUAGAUGCAGAGCAUGAGAACGCAGAUGCCAAUGACUCGGCGCCGCAGACUACAGGCGAAAGCGACUUCCACCAGAGAGAACGUCCUGAAGAAUCUAGCGACGGCGAGUCCGAGGACUCCGACGAUUCGAUCGGUUCCGCCUCCGACUUACAGCCUCGUCCCGUCAACGGGGAAACCAAAAAUCCUUUCCUAUCGUCCUCGGCAGGCUUUGAAAGCCAGCAGAGCGAGUGCUUCUCGGCAGCGUUCAACGCAAACAAUUCUGAGAAGACCGAGCUUCUCGUCGAAGUUCAAGAAGACUUCCCACCCAACGUUACAACAGCGUCUAAUAUUGCACACGGAGUUCCUAGUGUUCCAGGAAUGUUCAAAGAUCUUGUGGUUCCUCCGAAAACGAAUGACACAGUUGCAGCGUUCGGAGCAGGCGAAGGUCCCGUCGUUUCGUCCGGUGUCCAUGCCGACACUGCGCCGAAAGAAGUUCGGAAGAGCUCAAGCUCGACUGUGAUGACUCUCAACAAUAAUAAUUGCAGUCCAGCAAAGAAGUUCCAGGAGGGGCCACAAGUUGCUGUCGGAGUGAAUUCCGACUCCUUCGGUGAUAUACCUUUUUCGGGCACGAAGGGCUCCCGACGAGAUGAGCCCAGUCCGGAGAACGAGCUGCUUCUAGUCACUUCACCCCAAGGCAAGAAGAAGAAUAAGAAAUCAUCCAGCAAGAAAGAGAAAGACAAAGCGAGCUCCGCGGCUUUCUCAAACCUGAGUUUCGAAGAUAUUCCGAGUGAUGAGAAUACAGAGGGUCAGCCUUUCUGCAAACUGUAG